GCUGAGGGGAGAAAAAAAAAUACUAACACUGGGGAGCUUAAAAAACUAACCCUGUACAUCUUUUGUUUAUGUAAAUAAUAGACAUUUAUAAACUUAAUAGUGCUGUAUGUGAGAAUUUAACAAUUGUGUUAGUGAUCAAGCCAACAUAGAUACUGUAAAACUAUCAUUAAAAUUUUGUCAAUAUGAUUCUUUAUUAUUUGAGUUAAUGAAAUCAGGCACCAGAAUUCAAGGAUCGUUUUGUCAUGGAGAGAAGGAGGAAAGCCCUCGGCUUGAGAAACUUAGACUGCAAUAAAAAAGAGAAAACCAAGGAAUCCAAAUCUUCUGUUGAUAAUAGAGAAAAGUCUGUUAAAGAAGUAAGAGAGCUCCCAAGCCACCAAGCCGGGAGUGUCACGCCACAACGCAAAGAUGCUACUCGAUUCAGCACAGAGUCUCCGAACUCACCGGCCCUGCAGUCCUUGUUGCCGAGGACUCUGGGCUCACCUGAGGUGGAGGUGUCCUGGGAUUGGGGCUGUUCGCAGGUUCCCAGGGAGAUGUUACCCAAGAGACGUGCAACCCAACCGAAACCUGUAGCAGUGAUAUUGAAUGUGCCGGCUCCCAUUUUCCCUAGAGUUCCUUUGAUGAGGAAGAUGUCUGAAGAGGAAAAUCAGGAGAGAUUGGCCUUUUAUAAAAAUGUUUUGGCCAAAUCAUUAAGACGAACUUCAGAUGAAAACUCAGAUGACUCAAAAAAUAAUAAUUUAGAAAAAGAAGCCAUACCUGACUAUACACCCAUGAUUGAGACACCAAAACGUCUGUCUAGAUCACAAAUGAGUUCAUGUAAAAAAGAAGAAAUGAAUGCUUUAUUUGACGACUCUGCCAACGAGUUUAUGUUGGAGUGCAGUCAAGCUGUGGAAGAACAGUUGAGAAAUGGCGUUGACGUGGGUCCGAUUGUCAAAGUGACAAUUCCAAGCCUUAAACAUGUCCACAGCCCUGACAUGGAAUCCGACCACAAUCACAAGAAAGUCUGCCAUGGAAAGACCAAGUUAAACCUCUUCCCAGAACAAACUAACAAUGGAAUCUCAAAUGGCAGAGGAAGUUUGUAUGAAAAUCGACACCUAAACUUAAAGUCUCCUAAAAGUAGACAGUCGAAUACUGUUAAGAACUGUGAAAAGUUAUCUUCAAAGUCCAUCUCGGGAUGUGAUAGUGAUUUGGAAAAUAGUGACUUAUUAUCUAUGAUGCCAACACAGGUGAAUCCAAAAGUAACUCAGAGAGAGACUUCUGUGAAUUCUAACUUACCCUCAGUAAAUUAUGUGGAAAAUAAAACAGUGGCACAAACAAAAUCCAAUAUCAAUUGUAGUAUCCAAUCAACACUACCACAAGUCAGACAGAACUGUAAUCUUGUAAGUAGUGGAACAUCACGUUUAAACACGCCUGUACCUUUUAGUGAUAAUUCAGUCUCAAGCGGGAGAAAUGAUGUGUCUGUGACAAACAAUCCAAGUGGAAAACUUAUCCAGUCUGCUAGCUAUGACAGUGUUGCUAAGUUCCGUAAGGUGCAAAAUUGCAAUCCCAUAACUAACAAUGUCAAUAAGAAUAUAACAAAACCUCAAUCUGGGUCCAACAUUGCGAUAAACAAGACAAAUGUAAGGACCAAUUCAGUGAGCAAUAUAUCGGCUAAUCAAACAAGAGAUAUCAUAUUGGACCAGAAAAAUUCAGUUAUCGAUAAACAAGGUUCAAGAUCUAAUACUGCUGACUUCACGUCUUUGUUAGAUGAUGGACUGGACAUGGAGCUGUGUAGUUUGGACUAUGAAUCUAUUUGUUGUAGUGAUGAAUCUAGAGGCCCUCCAGUACAACCCCCAAGUAAACAUCCACCACAACUUCCAGCUAAACCUCCACCAAAACCUCCAGCCAAUUCUACCUCUAAACUUUGUUCCCAAAAAGAGAUAGAAGCAAAGAGGAUAGCAGCACUUAAUAGGCUCAUGAUGAGAAAAAAGAGAUAAGAUUUUUAGUGAUGUAUACCUAUAUCUACAUUUCUUUCAGGAUAAUAUUGUAUUAUUAAAUCACAAGUAAUAACAUUAUUUUGUGUACAAUAGUCUAUGUAUAUAUAGAUGUAAUAUUGUUGGUAUUGAUAAAAUUAGCUUUAUUUUAGAACUUCAUUUUUAUCAGGCUGUGGUAAUCUAAUUGGAAAAAUCUAGUAGUGUUUUCGAAUGAGCUUCCUUAUUGCAAUGAAAGUAAAGUUACAAGUUGUAUACCUGUUAAAAGGAAUAUUGUUGUGUCAUGUAUUCAAUGCAAAGAUCAGUAAAGGUAAUGUAAUCACAGAAUUUUUAUGUCAUGCUUUUUUGUUACUUGUCAGGAGGUGAAUUUUGAUUGUUGUGCAGUGAAUAUUUUACUGUGUGUUUGUACAUGAUAGAAUUAAAGUUUGAUAAAUAAACAAAAUUGCCUUAAUUAUAGUACAAAAAUAGUGAUAAUGAACAGUACUUAUUGUGCAGUACUUAGCAUUAAAUUGAGUUUUCCUUUUUCUGUGUUGAGAGUGUCAACCUUGGAAGGGGCUGGUUGUCAGGCAUAGAUUAACUUGCAGUUAAGAUCGUUGAUGAUGUAUGUCUUGAUAUAAAUUGUUUUUUUCAGUAUACUAAUGAUGAUAAGAAACCAUUGUAUUAAAAUAUUUAUUUUGUUUAUCUAAGUAUGACUUAAAAAUUGUAUCCAUAUGUUUUUGUAGAAAAAGCAGAUAAAAAUUCUAAUAAACAUAUACAAUGGGUAA